AUGUCAGAAAAAAAUUAUUAUUUACUAUUUAUCGAAGUACAAGAUCUGAAAACAAAUGCAAUUUUCAUUCAAAACAAAAAUAAUAUUAAUGCCUUAAUUGAAUCUUGCAAAUUUACCAACGUAAUUACAAACAUUCCUACACAGAAAAAUGGUGCUUAUAAUGAUACCAGAGCUGGUACUAUUUUCUUUGAAAUUGGAGAUAGUAACUGCAUUAUUAAUAGAUGCAUGGCAUUUAAGUGCUAUAAUAAGAUUGUUCCAUCAGAAUAUUAUUAUGACGGUGGACAAUUUGCAACAAUUCGUUUCGCCCGAAAUCAAAUACUUGUAACGUCUAUAGUUUCUAGUUCUGAUCAAUCAUAUGGUGUCUCUCCAUUUAGAUCUCGAGAUACUUCGGGAAAUUAUACUUGUUUAAACAUCAGUAAUUGCAAAUCUUAUGACUCGGCAUUAUUCACUGUAUUUCCAGGUGAAUCUGAUUAUAUCAAAUAUUCUUUAUUUGACGGAAAUUCGGCAACAAAGUCUGAUUCAAAAGGAAUCAGUGUUUUAUACAAUGGAAAGUUCACAAUCAGGCAGUGCAUUUUUACACAAAAUAGUCUAAAAAUAUUUAUUUAUGCUAGAUUGGCCACAAAUGUAGUAAUUGAAGAAUGCAAUUUUGCUGAAAAUCGGAAUGAAAACUAUCUAGCUUAUGCUGUGAGAGGACGUGAUGGAAGGCUAUAUGGGUAUUCAAAAAUUAUCGUCAGUAAUUGUUAUUUUAAAGAUUCUAAUACUAGAAAUUAUGCUGAUUAUGGUGCAACUGUAUCAUUUGAUAAUAAAAAUAACGCAUCAAUUAAAGACCGUGUACUGGCUAUUAUGUGCAAUGCUCUUCAUCCGCAUAUUAUAUCAGGUAUUAUCAAAUACCAAAAAGUAAAUGCAAAACUAGGUAAAAAAGUUAAUGUUGCUUUGCGAAAAGGAGUUUUGCCAAACUUGAAUUUGAUCAAAUUUGCUUAUAUUAGAAAUAUAAAAUAG